CCGGCGGCUCCGACAGGUCUGUUCAGAUGAAUGGCCCUGGCGCUGCCAGCUGAACGCCACCCUGGCCCUGGCACACUUCACCCUCUUCCGCAGGAACCUGGAACAGAGGCAGAGUGGUAACACAGUCAGCUAUGGCCAGCUGGAUCCUGUGCUCUUCUCUCUUCCUCAUGCUGGCACACUCGUGAGAUGGAGCAGUGUCAUCCACCGCAGACAAGCCCUCGAGCCCCCAGACACCCCCAUAUCAGCCCCCAGAACACCCCAGAAACCAGUCCCACGUAGACAAGAUGAUGUUGGUCUGGGUGGAGGCGAAUCAACAGAAAGUGAAAUGGAUAGUGAUCAGGACACUCCUAGGACCCAGAUGACCAAUGAGACUGACUCUAGCUGUCAGUCCUUGGGGCUCAAGGCCGCCCGUCACAGUGUCUCACAGGCACAGCUACUUGACACUCUCGGCAAGACAGCACUGCACUUCAGGAGGGCCAUGGUGUUGGCACAUCGGGGACGGCACUGGGCAUGUUUGCAGUGGGUGUGCCGGACACUGUGGGACCAGUUCACCCCUGUAAUUUGCAUGCUGGAGCAUGGCAGCACCACAGAGCACCCAUUCCCCAUUUCCCUGGAGCAAAUAUAUUCUACCCUCACCCCUCUGCUGCUUCUCGCUUCCGAAUGCCUGCUGAACAUGAUCCAGAGACUUCAGGAAGAGCCCGGCACACUGCAGGCCUGGGCUGAUGACGCGGAGGGAGAAGACUCCAGCCUACACUUCUCGCGGCCCCUGGAUGACGGCACUGUGGUGGACCUGCGAUGGGUGGGUGUCCUCACUCUGCGCACCCUGGAGCUGCUGCACCAGCAGGGGAGAUGGGAGGGCCUAGCGCACCUGGCAAUGGUCUUCAACACCAUCACGCAUGAGCGGUACACUCACCUGAUCACCCCACUCCUGGUCCAUGCUCAGAGACAGCUGCUGGAGAGGGUCACCCAGUUCGGUGGUCCCCAGCCCCCACAGCCACAUUUCGCCAGAGCUGAGGAGGAAACAGGAGAGAGGAUCACCUGCAGGAACUUCAUAGGCAAGCAAUUAGUCAUCAAGUCAACCUUCCCAGAAGAGAUCCAUCCAGGCAGCCACAUCGACCCUGGGGGGCAUGAGAUAUUCUCAGAAAGGAGCAGGGCAAUGGCACUGGUGUCGGUGCCUUUGGAUGUGGCAGACACAUUGCGCUGUUUCCGAGAGACGUCGGGGAGGGGGCAUUAUCAUCACCGGGCACUCCAGCACAGCCGCACCCUGCUCCUGCUGCUGCUGGCACACGCACAACAAGGUGGGGAGCCUCACUUCUGCAGGGACAGCACCAGCCAUUUCCAGGGGAAGGUGGAGUUCAAUGCGGCCACCAUCUCUGUCCCCAUCCCUUUCCCUCCGGACCUCUCCUCUGAGGACUUCAGCAAGCUGAACACCAUCUACAGCAGUCCUCUGCCUCAUUCCCUACUUGCUACAGUCAUCACAUCUUACAACAACGCCAUAGAAUUUCUCCAGGCUAAUAACCAGAACUCUCUGAAAGUCCAGGCUCUACAUGAGCUGGGAAACCUGCACUUUUAUAGUGGGAACAAAAGGGCUUCACAGUCCUGCUGGAGCAAGGCACUAGACAGUGCCCUGUGCCAGCCAGGAGUCCUAGGUUCCUGGGACAAGAGCUCUGUUUGCGUGGGAAGCAGUGAUCUCCCCCAGCAUUUUCUGCGCCAGGCUGGCAUCUGGGGCUGUCUACAGGGAGCAGUACUGUCAGCCAAGAUUGCACAGUAUAUCCUGACCUCAGACAUCAGCCGGCAAACGCACUGCUGCAUUCUCUCAGCUCGGCUCUUCAAGGCUCUCCUCCGGGGUUCCUUGCCUCACCCCCUGUCAGACUGGGAAUAUGCCUCCUAUGGUCUAGGCAGGACAUGGGACUGUCCAGAGCUCAUCCCUGGGGUGGAGCUGUUCACUGAGCCAUUCAGAGCCCAGGUCAACAGCACGGUCUCCAGCUUAGCAUUUCUGUGUCACCGCCUGCACAGUGCUGGACAUUGCCUUAUGGUCCUGCCACUGCUCUCUCUCUACCUGUAUUUUGUCAAUACAGUGUGCCGAGACAAAAGACGCACCAUUGAGGGACGGAUACUGAAGGUUCAGGUUCUGACAGAUCUGGAUCUCUUCAGCGAUGCUGUGCGUGAGCUGGGGAGUCUGCUUCAGGGGGAGAGGAUUCCGCAACCACAAGGCAGCUAUUACCCCUCUGACAAACGCCUGAUAAAGAAGAAGUUUGACACCAGCAAAACCCUACUAGACUCUGCUAAUUUGCAGACUCUAGAGGAUUUGGUGAACAAAUCUCUUAGCUCAGAAGUGGCUGCUCUGUUUGGCUCCCAGCUGGUGAUGAGACUGACCCUGGCUAAGACCAAGCUUAUUGUUGCUCUGUGUGACACCAUCAACAGUUUCCCAGAGUUUCAAGGUCAAGACUCAGAGCAGAAAUUUGGAGCUGAGACUCAUACGCCCAGCACCCCGGUUGUCCCCAAGUCACCCUGCUCUGAGCGGGAAGAGACACGGAGCUGUAGCUCCUCCAGGAGAGCCAGAGAUCCGCACAGCCUGCAGCUGGACACACAACGGGAGAAACUCACCCCUGCCAGGCUGAAGGGUGUGUUGCUUGGGGAGGCUACACGCACCCUGAACUCCCUGCUGGAGGCCCUGCUGAACCUAGGGAGUGUGGCUGAGGAGCUGGAGGUAGCAGUGGAGGCGAAGCUGCUGCUUUCUGCCAUUGCUCUGCAGCAAGGCCAAGCUGGUGUCAGUGCUAGUCAGGCUGUGUCUGCUCUACAACUACUCCAAGAGUCCCCCCUGUUCAAGGAAAGGACCCCACCGCCCCACAGGCUCAUCUCCUCCGCUCUCAAACUCCCAGGACAAAAGAAGGAGCAGUUCCAGGCUGGUUCUACAAGCGUGAGUGAGGUGGAGGAAGAGGACGAGCUGGAGGAAGAUUCAGUCUCUCUCACCAGUGAUGUGCCCCACAGUGCAGAGGCCCGUGAGAGGCUGGGUGCACCUCUGUGGCUCCGGUGCCGCCUGGGUGCAGCAAGGGCAUUUGCCUCUCAUAUUCCCGGAAUGGCCAUUCGCCCAGAGAGCAGUGAGGAUGGGGCCAGGCUGCUGAAAGAGGGGCUAAAAGAGGCACAGGCCUGGGGAGAUCCUGAAACACAGGCUCAGCUUCUUCUACUGAAAGCUCUGCUAGAGGCGCACAAGGGGAUGAACAGAGAGGAGAUCACACCGCUGUUUCAGGAAGCAGUAAGUCUGCUGUCUGACAGGAGAUGGCUCUCCCCUCUCUCAGCCCUUGUUUUGGCUAAAGCUACACUGCACCUCAGUGAUCUGAAGGGCACAGGGACUCACAGCCUAUACUCCCUCACUCAGAGACUACUGCAGCAACAGCUCUCCGCAUUGGGGGAGUCAGUAGAACUUGCAGAGGGAGGUGUAGUGCUCUUCCACCAAUCAUCAGGUCCAAAGAACACGUAUCUCCCACAUGGUCCUGUGCUGGCCAAGGUGACUCUCCGGCUGGGUCAUGUUUUGGCACAGCAGGCAGCACACCAUCCUGGCACAGACAGCGGGCAGUGGGUGGUGGCUAAGCAGGUCCUAGAAUCGGCCCUGCAGCUCUGCCAGGUAUCAGCCAGCAGAGACCGGGAGCUAGAGGCCGACAUCCUGUACUACAAAGGUGUGGUGGAGCGCUGGCUGGUCUCCCUCAGUGAGUGCAAACCGCAGACUGCUGUGGACACAUUCCUAGAGGCCAUCACUGUCAGCAGAUCGCACAAUCACAACCUGCCGCUUGUACACAGGUGCUAUUUGGAGAUGGCCGUGCUGUACUUGCAACAGUGGGCCCAGAUCUCUCUGAGCAGCCAGGGCAAGGAGAACUCGGGGGACACAGCCCCAGUAUCCUCUGCAGCCACCCCAGGCCCCCCCACCAAGGGCAGAGAGGGCAAGCAAAAGCCCCCCGGCUGGAGGCGAGCUCAGACCCCCACAGACAGACCCCUGAGUGUGCAGGAUGUGCAGCAGCUCCUGUGCUGGGUGUGUGUGAGGGCAGCUGUUCAGGUGUCCAAGGCCAGUGCCCGCUGUGCCAAGCUGAGUGGCUCCACCAGCGCCAAGGCUGGCCCCCUGCAGGCCUCCCUGAGAAGCCUGCCCGCCUUUGCUGCCAACGACCUUCUGAGAGGCUUCCCUCCCCCCGCCAGCGGCGAGACAGAGGAACUUUUGAAGAGCACUAUCAGUCCCUUUCCUGAGAAGGAGAGCUGUGGAACAGGGGAGAAAGACACAGAGCUGACCUGGGUCCACCUCACCCGCUAUUACACACAUCUGCAAAAACUCUACAGCAUUGCCAAUCGACCAGCAGUGCCAGGCUGUGCCGACAGCCUGUGGUCCCAGGCUCUAGAUGGUGGUCUGGCCCUCAGACUGGCUCAGCUGCACCGCUUCCUCAGCACUCACCUGCCCCCUUACAGAGGGCACUGCUGCCCCCCAGAACCCCCCACGCAGCUGCUGGACCCCAGCAAGCAGGGGGCUACCACACAGCCCCAGCUAGACAGCUCUGCUGGCCAAGAGUCUGAAAUCGGCCUGGGGGGACUGGACUCCUUUGCCUCAGCCUCCACAGACCGAGAACUGUGUGUGCAGUGGUAUUGCCCAGCACUGCACACUGGACACACACAGCCUGUGAUCUUACUGGUCUUUGCCUGCAACACCAGGCCCCUCUCCGCAGCCAGGCCCUCAGGUGGUGGCCUGUCCGGCCUACACUGUGGACAUCGCUGGAUCCCCUUACAUAGGCUGCAGGCUGUUCAUGCCCAGUUAUGCUCCCUGUGUGUGGAUGCUGAGCAAUCGGCACCUCCUGUGGCCAGUUCCCCCAGCCCUCAAGUGGAGAAGCGUCGUCAGGCAAGGACCCCGGAGACGGGGCAAGCCCUGGACCCUCCGAUACAGGGGCAGGCCAAGCAGUGCUGCGCACAAGUCAAGUCUUUGCUGCUGGAUCUCCCAGAAACAGUGGAGCUCACUGAGGUUCCCUUUGAGCUGAGCAAUCAGGCCCUGCGUGAUCUGGAGCAGUGCUUUAACCCCGCCAGAGGCUUUGUGCUUCAAGCGGGUAGCGUCUUCGACUGGCUCAUGUCCCUGCUGGUCUGAGGCCUACAAAGAUAUCAACAGUCUGAAUGUUUCCUCAUGGUGUCCACGUCAGUGUGGCAGAAAUAAAAUGAAUGUGUAUCUACAGAGCA